AUUACUGGAAGAGAAAGAUAUAACCAUGAAGUAACUUUCUGUGAUAAAUUUCUUGCAAAAAUAUUGGAUUUUACGAGAUCAAAAUAUAUAGCUUACCAUCAUAACUCACUUGAGCAAGCCAUUUCUUUUUUGUUUCCAGGUUCUCCUAUUUUAAGAAAGAGAAAAAUGAGCUGCCUGGAAUUACAAAUGGGCAGGACUUUUAUAUUCACUCUUUCAACAGAAAAUUACUAAGCUCCCACUUAAAGAGUCCUUAUAUAUUACAUGGCAGGAGGGGGUGGGUAGACUUAGGGAUUGUGAAGACACCAACAAAGCUCAUCCAGAGUUUUCCUUGGAUCUCAGAACCCAUCCUCAAUAAGAAUGGCAGAUAGAGUUGACUGGUUACAAAGCCAAAAUGGCGUAUGCAAAGUUGAUGUCUAUUCACCUGGAGACUACCAUCCUCAAGACUGGAAAAUGGAUGCAUCAACGGAUCCUGUCCGAGUGCUCAGCUGGCUCCGCAGAGACCUGGAGAAAAGUACUGCAGGUUUUCAGGACUCAAGGUUCAAGCCGGGAGAGUCAUCAUUUGGGGAGGAAGUGGCUCUCUCAGGAGACCAACGCAAAGGCUUUUGUGUCGACUAUUAUAAUACCACCAACAAGGGCAGUCCAGGGAGACUGCAUUUUGAGGUGACUCAUAAGGAGAACCCUUGCCAGGGCCCCAUCGCCCAAGUUAGUGGGGGUUCCAUAGAUGAAGUUUCCUUCUACGCCAACCGCCUCACAAACCUGGUGAUAGCCAUGGCCCGAAAGGAGAUCAACGAGAAGAUCCAUGGCGCAGAAAACAAAUGUGUCCAUCAGUCACUGUAUAUGGGGGACGAGCCCACACCCCACAAAAGCUUGAGUACAGUAGCCUCCGAGCUGGUGAAUGAUACAGUCUCUGCGUGUUCCAAGAACAUCACUGGUGACAAAGCUCCGGGCUCUGGAGACCGAGCCUUGGGGUCAGCGCAGAACUCGGGUCUACGGUACAAAAGCACUUUGAAGAUCAAGGAGAGCACCAAGGACGGCAGGUGCCCAGAUGACAAGCCUAGUUCUAAGAAGUCUUUCUUCUAUAAGGAAGUAUUUGAAUCUCGGAAUGCAGGGGAUGCCAAGGAGGGCGGGAGAGGCUUGCCUGCAGAGAGAAAGCUAUUCAGAGGCCAGGACAGGCCUGAUGACUAUACAAACUCUGUCAGUCAAGGGAUCAUGACCUAUGCCAACAGCGUAGUGUCGGACAUGAUGGUCUCCAUCAUGAAGACCUUGAGGAUCCAGGUCAAAGACACAACCAUCGCCACCAUUCUGCUGAAGAAGGUGCUGAUGAAGCACGCAAAGGAGGUGGUCUCCGACCUCAUCGACUCCUUCAUGAAGAACCUCCACAAUGUCACAGGGAGCCUCAUGACUGACACAGACUUCGUUUCGGCCGUGAAACGAAGUUUAUUCUCUCACGGAAGCCAAAAGGCCACAGACAUCAUGGACGCCAUGCUGGGUAAGCUGUAUAACGUGAUGUUUUCCAAGAAAUUCCCAGAGAACAUCAGGAAGGCCAGGGACAAGUCUGAGACUUACUCCCUUAUCUCCAUGAAGUCACGGGGUGCUGACCCUCGGCACCCGAACAUGAACUUUGCAAUGAAAUCAGAAUCAAAAAUGAGAGAAAAUUUGUUCUCUGCAUGCAAACAAGAGAAGGAGAAGACAUGUGCUGAGACUCUGGGCGAGCAUAUUAUUAAGGAGGGACUGAGCAUGUGGCACAAAACCCACCAGAAGGACUGCAAAUCUCCUGGCUUAGACCACACCGCAAAACCAGGGAACAUUCCACCAGAGGUUUCCUUCGAGUCUCCGGAUCCCUGUGACUCAAGCCCUCCUCCACAGCAGCCAGAAUUCCAAAACUUUAUGUGUGAAUCAGACUCCUGGGCCAAAGACCUGAUUGUAUCUGCCCUGCUGUUGAUUCAGUACCACCUGGCCCAGGGAGGAAGAAUGGAUGCGCAGAGCUUCCUGGAGGCUGCUGCCAGCACCAACUUCCCUGCCUCCAAGCCUCCCGUCGUUCACGAUGAAUCCAGACUUAAGUCUCCCCAUAAGAUAUGCGACCAAGAACAAACAGAGAAGAAGGACCUGAUGAGCGUCAUCUUCAAUUUCAUCCGGAACUUACUCAGCGAGACCAUAUUCAAGAGUAGUAGCCGUAACUGUGAGUCCAAGGGGCACGAACAGAAUGUCAAGGAAGAAGAGAUCAAUCCAUGUGAAAGGCCUGUGACCCCUCCUGUCCAGACAUUCUGUGAGGAGGAAGAGGAGGAGGCCACCCCCCCCAGCAGUGGUGCCUUCUCUGGCCUAACCAAGAUGGUCGCCAACCAGCUGGAUGGCUGUAUGAAUGGGCAGAUGGUAGAGCACCUGAUGGAUUCCGUGAUGAAGUUAUGCCUCAUCAUCGCCAAGUCCUGUGACUCUCCCUUGGCAGAGCUGGGUGAUGAAAAGUGUGGGGAUGCCAGCCGGCCAAGUUCUGCUUUCCCAGAUAACUUAUAUGAGUGCUUGCCGUUCAAGGGCACGGGGGCGGCCGAAGCCCUCCUGCAGACCGCCUAUCAAGCCAUCCACAAUGAGCUGAGAGGUUUGUCAGGACAGCCGCCCGAGGGCUGUGAGAUCCCCAAGGUGAUCGUCAGCAACCACAACCUGGCUGACACUGUACAGAACAAGCAGCUGCAAGCUGUCCUGCAGUGGGUGGCUGCCUCCGAGCUCAACGUCCCUAUAUUGUACUUUGCCGGUGAUGACGAAGGGAUUCAGGAGAAGCUGCUUCAGCUCUCAGCCGCUGCUGUGGAGAAAGGCCGCAGCGUGGGCGAGGUUCUCCAGUCGGUGCUGAGGUAUGAGAAGGAGCGACAGCUGGAUGAGGCGGUGGGAAACGUCACGCGGCUGCAGCUGCUGGACUGGCUGAUGGCAAACCUGUGAUUAGGGUCCACCCGGUGUUCCAGCAGUGGGCCAUGUCCCCAUUCCCUCAGCUCCCCUCCCUGCUGCACAGAGCCCUAAAGUUCCCUUCAGACCACCCAUACCAGAUGCACCAUCUAAAGAUACUCACUGGAUUUUGCAGAUUUUUCUUGUCCAUGCAAGCAAGGACAUACAUUAAAAGAUUACAAUUAAAGGGCUACAAGAGUUUGGAUUACUUUUGUUCUAAAGGUAAGGACGCAGCCUCGUCAUUCACGUAGUGAGGCACCAUUGUCCACCUCCAAAAAUAUCUGCAGUUCAAGGUAGAGUUGAAGCAGCCUCA